GGCACCGCCGUGCCCCCGCCCCCCGCAGACUGCUGGCCUCUCAACCCACCGAGCGCGUUUUCUAUGGGGGUGAAAAAGACAACUGGCUCCACCUCAGUGAGAACAGGUGCCAAUAAAGGAGCCAUGGAGUCACUGGUGAAUAUGUAUCGAGAAUUCAUGAAGGGAGCAGAUCCUCGGGUAGCCUCAUAUCCACUUAUGGGCUCUCCAUGGCUAAUGACUGGCAUCUUGCUGAGCUAUGCUUACUUCGUACUGUCUCUGGGACCACGGCUCAUGGCCAACCGAAAACCCAUGAACCUCAAGACAUUCAUGGUUGUUUACAACUUCUCCAUGGUAGCACUAUCAAUCUACAUAGUCUAUGAGUUCCUCAUGUCAGGCUGGUUGAAUGGUUACACCUGGAGGUGUGACCCUGUGGACACAUCCCAGGAUCCUAAGGCUCUUCGGAUGGUUUGUGUGGCAUGGAUCUUUAUCUUCUCCAAAUUCAUUGAACUGAUGGACACAGUGAUCUUUAUCUUAAGAAAGAAGAAUGAACAAGUAACUUUCCUCCAUGUGUUCCAUCAUUCAGUACUGCCAUGGAGCUGGUGGUGGGGUGUGAAGUUUGGCCCAGGAGGAAUGGGCUCCUUCCAUGCUAUGGUAAACUCUUUAGUACAUGUUGUGAUGUACUUUUACUAUGGACUCUCAGCUUUAGGGCCUGCCUACCACAAGUACCUGUGGUGGAAGAAGCACAUCACUGCCAUUCAGCUGCUGCAGUUUGUGCUUGUCUCCAUCCACAUCUCCCAGUACUACUUCAUGCCCACCUGCAACUACCAGUUUCCAAUCUUCAUCCAUCUCAUCUGGAUGUAUGGCGUUAUCUUCUUCAUACUUUUCUCCAACUUCUGGUACCAGUCGUAUACCAAAGGCAAGCGUCUGCCCAAGGUUAUGACACAACCCCAGCAGAAUGGCUUACAUGAGAAUGGUGUCGUUGCUAAUGGCAAAGCCAAAAUCAACUAGGGGGUGGACCAACUGGCGCCAUAUCUGGGCCUGUUAACCAGACCAAGUGCCUACAGACUGUUGUCUUGCAAUUCCAAACCACCUUCCCAACUGCCCUAUAUCCCUCAUUGUCUGGUCUUCACCUGUCCCAGGGGAGAGAGAGACUGCCUGUGCUGUUGGUGCUGGAUCCAGCCCAAGGUCUCCAAAGUGCCUGUGUCUGCCCUGGGCUGGGCUCCCUCCAGAGCUGGACCAAAGCAGAACCUUGCCAGAUUGGGCACAUCUAUCCAUUUAGUUCUAUGUACUCCAUGCAAUCCAAGUGGGAAUUUUUGGUCCUCGCCUCCAGGUUUAUUUUGCCCUGUAUUCCCUUCAUCUUCUUUCACCAACUUGUGGCCUGCCAUUUUCAACCAGAAAGUCAGUGGUCCCUUGUUGCUGUAGGGUCUGAAUCUCCCAGAGAGAUGUUUUCCUGCUUUUUAUGCAGGUGGGGUGCUAUAGGUCAAAGGUUUAACUUUUGCUGCCUUCCCUUCACAUAACUCCCCAACCUUUGAUUGCUCUGUUUCCCAGACCUUAGCAAUAACUCUGGACUUUGCUCCCUACGGGUUGAUGACCACAGGUUCCUGCUGCACUGAGGCCGAGGGAGAAAAAAAAAUAGGACUCUGUUGUCUGUUUUGCAUGCUGUUGCUCUGUGUGCCUUUUUAUCAUUAUUAUUAUUGGAUUUGAUCCAAUAUAUUACUAUUGGAGCCAAAUCUCCCUGUAAUGUAAAGCUUGGGAAGAAGUCAUCAGGGGGAUAUGCUUUCAUUCUACCUGAAUUCCCCACUUGUAUAUGCAGAAAUAAAUGGACAGAAAGAAUAGUGGCUCUUUUCUUGAUUUCAAGGCUUAGAACCUAAUACUGGUCAGGCCUGUCUGAGAAGCAAAGUGAACAUUUCCAUGGGCCACAAAUAACUAUGUUACUUGCCAAACAGAUGUUGACUUUCAGUUCCAACUACUAGUGUUGUCUUGUAGUGAGCCUUAGCUGAGAUUUAAGUUGUUUGGGCAGGGAAGAGUUGAAAAACUCAGAUGGAAAUCCCAUGAAGUGUCAGAGUAGUGUUGGUGACCUGAAUUCUGUUUGUCCACAGUGUAUAGUGGCACACCUUGGAUGGCUUCUGCUUGAGAACCUAGUAAUUAAACAUCAAAUCUUUAGUAAUGUCUUCUCAGUGUGCAGAGUAUAUUUGCUCAAAAGUUCUGUGCACUGUUUAUUUCCUAGGCUCCUGUCUUUCCCGACUGCCAGUUCAGUCACAAGAAUGUUUAUCCCCAAUCUUUCCUUAUAUGGAAGUUAUUUUGAGGCCAGCAACUUUUCUCUCUUGCACUGGUUCCUUUUUUUUUACCCAAGCUUCAACUGCUGAAUCUAAAGAAACCCUCUUCUUUGGUUCUGUUUUGAGUACUCUGGUUGGAUGUGACUACUGUAACUGUAUAUGGCACAAGGAACGAGCCUGUGGUUAAAAAUAUUUAGAAAGGUAAUAUUCAUAUCACAUCCUAGAUUUACUCUGUAUUCUGUGCGUAGAAUGCUGAAUGUAUCUGAGUACAUCUUGUUAGAUGUGGUAAUCUAAAGUACUGUAGAACACCUGUCUUUUGUUGGAAUCAAUCUUGUCCUGGGACAGACUAAACACAGCCUGGAUUAUUUUACAUAAAACAAUACAAGGUGCACUGCUGGAGAAAUUUUACCACCACAAUAUUUUGAUAACAUAUUUACUGUUUGUCAAAUAUGGCAAUCCUGUAUUAAAGCCUUUUAGCAAAGUUGUUAAGUUGAAAUAGCAGCUUUUAUAACCUUACUUAAUAUCUUUCUACUCCCACUUAUCUUUUUAUAUACUGUCUUGUUCUCUCCACUUCCAAUCCAUUCCUGAGAAACCCUAAUUUAAUGCUUAGAGUAGCCUUCCAAAUAGAUACACCUGUUUUGAAUGAAAAUCUUGUGCUAGGGAUACUUAGGGGUACAAUUUGAAAUAACAAAGAAGUUUACUUGUUCUCCUUUGCAUUCCUGUUCUCAACAUUUUUGAUUGUGUUUUAAAACGUUAACCUCAGAUCACCCACCAUGCAGGAGUACUAAAGAAUAAACAUGUAUUCUAAAUGAGGUUU